AUGAAUGCCGAGGAGGCCCUGGAGCCCAACGACGUGGCCAAGUUCGAUGCCUUCGUUCGGCCCCAGACGGACUCGUUGGCGGAGCGCACGACGGAGCAGAGCCCCAAGCGGGGGGGUCGAACGGAAUCGAAGUGGAAUCCGAAGGUAACAGGUAACAGUAGUAGUAGUAGUAGUAGUAGUAGUAGUAGUAGUAGUAGUAGUAGUAGGGAACCUUUCGGUUUUUCGGGGGAUCGGAGACAUGUUUUUCGUUGUAGCAGUUGCUUAGCUUUGUGGCUUCAUUAUAGCAGAGUAGAUAUCAUUGGAUUAAGGGAUUUGAUCAACUUAAUAAAAAGAACAAAGCAUGAAACAACUCAUCAGCGUAGCAGCAUCGGACUUGGAUGA